UCCGCUUUUGGUUUAAACGCUUUUGAUCGUCUCUCAUUGGAUGUUGUCUUCUUUUAUCUGCUCACUUUUCUUUCUGACUCAGUUCCGUCUCCCUUUUUCUCUCUCGCAAUAUUGUCUAACCAAGUUCCUUUGCUGUGGGAGUUCUCGAAACUCGAACCACAUAAUAAAAAUGGCGAUGUGGGUCUUUGGAUACGGUUCUCUUAUUUGGAAAGCUGGGUUUAACUAUGAUGAUCGUCUUGUUGGUUUCAUCAAGGACUAUCGCCGUGUAUUCUAUCAAGGGAGUACUGAUCACAGAGGGACGCCUGAGUAUCCUGGGAGAACUGUCACAUUGGAGCCUGCUCCUGGGGAAGUCUGUUGGGGAGCUGCUUACAAGAUAUCCAAGGAGGAAGAUAAAGAAGCUGCAAUAACGUAUUUAGAAGUGAGGGAGAAGCAGUAUGACAAGAAAGCUUAUGUUGAUCUCUUCACCGAUCCCUUAGCUACAACUCCAGCCAUUUCUGGAGUAAUGGUGUACAUAGCAUCUCCUGACAAGAAGCUUAAUCCGAACUACUUGGGGCCUGCUUCUAUAGAAGACAUCGCCAACUCAGCCCCGCCUUCCAAGCCAGUUUUGGCCCAAAAACCUCAUAAUGCCUAGUAUUCCCACAUGCAGAAUUUCAUAGUGUUUCUACAGUCGUGGCCAAUUUUGCUUAUUGAAUACAACAGUGGAGAGUGUGUUUAAUCAAAUGAUCCUGUGUCUAUCAGCUUUCUUCUGGUUACGUUCAAUUGUGUCCAGCCUCCAGGUACUGCAAGUGCGGUAUUUAUUGAAUGAAUUCAACCCUCUAAUUCUGGUGCUGAAAUGAGGAGUUAGAGCCAACACUUUGUGGCCAAUAGACUCAUUGUUAGGUUUCUAAUCAAGUUUUAAAUAAUUCAAAACUAGAAUUGACAUUUUUAUGUUAUCAGGUCCUAAAAUCACUGCUUAAAUUUGUGGCCAAAUCUUCUUCCAAAUAGAAGACUUCUCCCCCACAGAUGUGCUACUGAAAAAUCAAAGGCCCCAUAAUGAGUUUUCUGCAGUGGUUUAUCAUUGAUAAUCUGCUUCAUCAUCAUACUGUGAAUCAUUUAGAUAUAUAGCUGUCAAUUCUAGCAGUAAUACCCAGUUUUGAUUCAUUAUUUCCUCCUAU